AAUCGGUUUGUAUUUGUCACAGUGACGUUCAGACAGCAGCUAAUAAAUAAAUUCUUAUUGAAUUUCAAGUUUUUGACCAUUAUCAAAUCGCAAAAUAUAAAAAAAUAAGAUCUCUGAACUGAGUCAUGUCUAUUAUACCAUUCGAUAAAUUCACGCGACUGUGUAAAAUCAUAUCUGAGCAUGGAGGCGUUAUGCAGUCCCUUAAAGAUUUGUGGAGGCAUGAUACAUUAAAGGAAGGUUUCCUCGUCGGCAUGGACAGCAUGGGGAACAAGUACUACCAGAACUGCAACUACAUGCUGGGGCGAAAUCGCUGGGUCAUCUACAACCCGAACGUCAAAUGGGAUUACGACGCUAGCCAGGUGUCGCCUGAGUGGUUCGGCUGGCUGCACUACAAGACCGACUGCAAGCCUUGUGAGGACAUCGCCAAGUACUGCAUUUGUUGUUGCAGCUGGUAUCACCGCUGGUUGCUGCCCUACCAGGAAAACGCCACGGGCACAGAGAAAGCUUACUACCCCUAUAGCACCGUGAAGAGUCAUAUAUCUGUUUGGGAUGGUUGUGCAGUCACCAAUCGUCCAGUCUGUUGAAGAUAGAUCUUUUUUGGAAUUGCAUUAUAAAUUUCGUGACUUUUGAUUAUGCAAUAAAAGAUAAUAAUAAU